GAAACUCUGUGCAAUUAAAUUUUGCAGCCAUUGUGGAAAACAGUAUACGAGUUUCUCAAAAAACUAGAAGUGGAAUUACCUUUAGAAUGCCCCAGCAAGUCCACUCCUCAGUUUCCAAAAAAAGUGAAACUCAAAUUCAGAAAAGUACAUGCCUCACAGUGUUCAUAGCAUUAUUUACAAUAGCCAAGAUAUGGAGGCAACCUAAAUGUUCAUCAGCAGAUGUAUGAAUAAAGAAGAUGUGGUGCAUAUAUACAGUGGAAUACUAUUCGGCCAUAAAUAGAAUGACAUUUUGCCAUUUGUCACAACACAUGGAUUUGGAAGCUGUCAUGGAGGCACUGAUAGAAGAUGAUAUCUGCAUUCUGGAUCAUGAAAAAGCCCAUAGGAGAGAUACAGUGACUCCAGUCUCAAUAUAUUCAGAUGAAUCUGUUGCUUCACAUUUUGCUCUUGUCACUGCAUAUGAAGACAUCAAAAAACGACUUAAGGAUUCAGAGAAAGAGAACUCUUUCUUAAAAAAAAGAAUAAGAUUUUUGGAAGAAAAGCUUUUAGGAGCUCGAAAGGAUGAAGAAACAAGUUCUGUGGGACGAGAACAAGUAAAUAAGGCCUAUCAUGCAUAUCGAGAGGUUUGCAUUGAUAGAGAUAAUUUGAAGAGCAAAUUGGAUAAAAUUAAUAAAGACAACUCUGAAUCUUUGAAAGUAUUGAAUGAACAGCUACAAUCUAAAGAAGUAGAACUCCUCCAGCUAAGGACAGAGGUGGAAACUCAGCAGGUGAUAAGGAAUUUAAAUCCACCAUCAUCAAACUGGGAGGUGGAAAAGUUAAGCUGUGACCUGAAGAUCCAUGGUUUAGAACAAGAACUGGAACUAAUGAAGAAGGAAUGUAGAGAUCUCAAAAUAGAGCUGCAGAAAGCCAAACAAACGGAUCCUCCUCAGGAAGACAGUCUGAAGAGCAGAGAUCUCCAAAGACUAAGCACUUCAAGUGAUAAUAUGCAAAAUGCAUACUGGGAACUAAAGAGAGAAAUGUCUAAUUUGCAUCUGGUGACUCAAGUACAAGCUGAGCUACUAAGAAAGCUGAAAACCCCAACUGCAAUCAAGAAAGCUGGCACCCCAGCAGCAUACACAGAAGACCUCGGGAAAGAGAGCACAAAACUGCACUUGACAAAUCUCACUGCAGCGUACAGAAGACAGCCUCCUCUCUCACCAAACAGCAGAGCCCUUUGUCAGGCCACACCUUCCCCUUUACCAGGAGACACAAAGGUUUUAUCAGAGAGAGCCAUUCUCCAGUCAUGGACAGAUAAUGAGCAAACCAUUCUUCAUGACAGUACAGACUUUCAGGAACACAACUCUUACGGCAGAAAUUCUCUGGAAGAUAAUUCUUGGGUAUUCCCAAGCCCUCCUAAAUCAAGUGAGACACCAUUUGGGGAAGCUAAAAAUAAAACUUUGCCUUUACCCAACCUGCCACCACUGCAUUACUUGGAUCAACGUAAUCAAAACUGCCAGUAUAAAAGUUAAUUCUGAAGAGGGUCACGGUUUGGUCCUGAGGUUGCCAUUAUCUCUGUGGUUUUCUUAAGAAAUCAUUAACAAACUGAAAGCAGAUUCUCAUUCAACUUUUGCAGAGUUCUUCAGUAUUUACAUUUGUACAUAAUGUACCAUAUUAUGUAGUUGAUUUUUCAGUGUGAAAGAAUACCCUCUGGCUCCAUAUUCUGGCUCCGAAUCAGAUGAUAUAUGCUGCUAAUAAUAAAUUAAUAAAAUGUUUCAAAAUGACAGUUCUACCUUUGAUGAUAAUUAUAAAUUUCUGCCUCACACGAGGAAGGGAAAUGAAAGUUUUCAGACAUGGUUUUUACAAAGCAUGUGAAAUGCCUGAAUAUCCAUUUAUGAAAAUAAAGGAGACCAUUAUAUCAGAAAAAUCAUAUAAGUUUCUUUAAGCUGCAUAAAGAAAUGGCAAUGUGAAUAGGUUAUAUUUCUGUUAACUUUAUAAUGUAUACAAAUUUGAAAAUUAUAGUGCAACAACAGUGUCUGGGUUACUCCAUCUUUAUGUGCUAUUGUGUCUAAGUUUGAGACUUAAAUUUUUUUAAUCACAAUGUUGUUAAAAAUUUGAAGUUGCAAUUUGAAUUUUAAGACUUGAAAUAACUUAAUCAUUGAAACCAACUCUGUCCCAGUACAUCCCUCAAGUCCUAAUUGAAAAAGAGCGAUCAAAUGGUUGAAAAACCACCCGUGUGAAUGAACUAUUAUACCUAUAGGUUAUGCAGUUAGAAGUAGGAACAGCAUCACAAAGGUCUCAGUCUAAUCUGUCUCUUCAGUACUCUUUAAUGAAAAUCUAAAUGUGUAACUAUAUAUAAAGUCAUUUUCUUCAGAAGGUCUAUACCCACUUGUUAAACUGGUUAGACUUUGUUUUGAAAUGUAAUGAUUUACUUAUUGAGAAAGGAAUUUUUUUUAACUGGCUUUUUACUAAUCGGAUUAGAAAUUCUAGAAACUAAAUUCUGUGCAGUAUUGAUAUAUGAUAAAGUACAAUCAUGAAAUGUCCCCAAAUCCUUUGAUUCUAAGUGGCCUAUCAUUUAUAAACAAGUAAAGUGAAAACAAGGGUGGCUUCACAUGCUCAUUUCUCUCUUCUUUUGGGGGGCGUAUUAUUAGUAAUGUUUCUCAGUUCCUUCAUCUUUUGCCCGAGAUGAAGGGUUCCAUGCAGAAGGCCCUUAUCCUUUUUGAUGGAGUUUCAAACACCUUGGACUCAAAAGAGUAUUUCAGAUCUCUGUAUUAACUGAACAUCAUACAUAUAUAAACUGUUCACUGUUCACCAGAUAUUUUUGUCUUUCUAUUAUCUUACUCACUUAUUCAAGCUUGUCUGUGAUUAAUGGAGUUGGUGUCAGAUGCUGGAAUUUAUUCUGACCAAUGAACACAGCUGACUCAGGGGACUGCCAUCUCCUGCCAAGUAAUAGAACAAAACCCAAUAUGCGUAAAACACAUAGGAGACUCCAGGCUUUAGCUGAAGGAAGCAACUACCUGUGUAAUAAUAAAGCAGCAGAAACUACUGCUUGUGUGGCUGCAUAGGCUGUAUAUGAUAAUCUAAUCUCUAAUGUAGCUUACUGGUUUGCCUUUUAUAAAACCAAGAUUGGAAAUUUUCCUUUGUAAAGAAAAUAGGUCAUAUGACAUAACAGCUUGAUUAAUGUUUUGAACAAUGCCAAGACAUUGUUUAAUUAAAAUAAAUUAUUUUUGCUUGAAAUCGAAGUGGAUGUGAAAUAUUGUACUUGCCUAAAUAUUCCAAGGUGUCACAUACUAAUUAGUUAAUUUGAUUCAUCUAACAGACAUUUGUCUUGUUAAACCAACUUCUAAAUGGAGACAAUGCUUUUGGAUCUCAACAAUAAGGCAGUCUUCAAACUGAUAUGCCAGAGAAGUCAGUGGUUCAUGUUCUUGACAGUUUAAAGUGCUAAACAAGUGAUGGAAAACUCUUUUAUUUAGGAAAGAUUAACCAAAAGAAUUUUCCCAAUCAAAAAUUUGUAAAUGUACACUUUGUGGUCAUCUCUGUUAUUGGUAAGAUUCAAAGUGAUGUGAGAGAAUGGCCUGGCUGUAGCUUAUAAUCUAUUAAAAUGGAAAAUUGUGUUGAC